GCUAUACCUCCCAGCCGUUUGGCGGUUUUUUGGUGGGACCAUCUGGCAACACUUCUGUUUGCAAGUGUGCGAAUUUCCGAUCUUUGCGAUUGGUACCAAACUUUAUUCCGCGCACUGCCUGUAUGGUUAUUCAUUUGUGAUCCAGGGAACAAAACGAUCAACAUGUCUUCUAGGGUUGCCGUGGUUACGGGAGGCAACAAAGGCAUUGGUUUCUGCAUUGUGAAGUUCCUUUGCCAGAAGUUCGAUGGAGACGUUUACUUGACAGCCAGAGACGAGAAACGGGGGAAUGCUGCUGUAGCGGAGCUGAACAAGAUGCUGCUUCAUCCGAAGUUCCAUCAGCUUGACAUUGAUGACCUGGAAAGCAUCCGUAAAUUUCGUGACCACCUGAAGCAGAACUACGAAGGACUCGACGUGCUGGUCAACAAUGCUGGAAUUGCUUACAAACAUAACUCCACGGCGCCCUUUGCUGAGCAGGCUGAGGUUACCGUGAAGACAAACUUCUUCAGCACGCUCAGCGUGUGCAAGGAGCUGUUUCCGCUGCUGCGCCCUCAUGCCAGGGUGGUAAAUGUGAGCAGCAUGUGCGGCAUGUUGAAGGUCAUCCCGGGACAAGAACUGAGGGACAAGCUCAACAAUCCCAACAUUACCUUAGAGGAGCUUGUGGAACUCAUGAAGAAGUUUGUUCAGGACUCCAAGGACGGUGUGAAUGUCGAGAAUGGCUGGGGACAAUCUGCCUACAAUGUAUCCAAGGUCGGCGUCACUGUACUCAGCUUCAUUCAGCAGCGAGAGUUUGACAAAGACUCCCGCUCGGAUCUGGUCGUCAACGCAGUGCAUCCGGGAUACGUGGACACUGACAUGACUAGCCACAGAGGUCCUCUGACACCCGAUCAAGGAGCGGAUGCCCCGACCUACCUGGCCCUGCUCCCACCCAACGUCAAAUCUCCCAGGGGAGAGUUUGUCUGGAACGAUCGCAAGGUUGUGCCUUGGAACGGAGAUUGAGGUCCAGCUCCAGAAUCAGGCCCCUUGGACCUGAUGUGCACCCUGAGCAAAGUGCAGCUGAUGUUGGGCAGUCCUCCCACUUUUUGGUUGUUUCCAAGUUAUUGUCAUAUUUUUCAUUACGUGUCACAAUAAACACAAUUUUUAUAGUGAUCCUCAA